AUGUCACGAAGGUCUAUGGACGCCAGUGGCCCUCAUGAGGCGACCUCAACAGGUUACCGCCACAGUAUCGACCCUGGGCGAGGCUCAGGUUCAGGUUCAGGUGGCCACGGCGGCAUGUUCAGUAUUCCAGAGUACUCGAGUCCUGCCUCAGAGUCUGAAUCUACAUCUGGCUCAGGAACUCAGAUCGACGAGCGAAAUCGAUACUUUCACUCAAGGAGAGUGAAGCCAGGCGAGGUUGAGAAACCGUGGCUUGAAAAAACCAACCCCAAAGAAAAAUGGGUGACCAUCCUUCCCAUUCUUGCAAUCUUCCUCGGCCUCGUGGGUUCUGGCUUUCUUGUCUGGGAUGGCAUUCGAAGCGUAGUCAAGAACAAGUAUUGUCUUGUUAUGGAGGAGGAUUUCAGCCAAGGACUGAAUCCUAACAUUUGGACUAAAGAAGUCGAAGUUGGUGGCUAUGGAAAUGGCCAAUUCGAGCAGACGACAAACACAGACGAGAACGUCUAUGUCGAAGAUGGCAAACUCAUCAUCAAGGCGACUUUGCAGGAUCCCAAGUUGAUGCAGAAGAACAACGUCAUCAACCUUCUCAAGGCCGGCACUUGCACCUCUAAAGUCUGGUCGAACUGUGUUGCCUCCACCAACUUGACUGCUGGAAAUAACAGUGUGGUUCCUCCCGCUAGAUCUGGUCGUAUCAAUACCAAGAAGGGCGCCAACAUUAGGUACGGCCGCAUCGAAGUCACUGCCAAGCUCCCUGAAGGUGACUGGCUCUGGCCUGCUAUUUGGAUGCUCCCAAGACAGAGUGUCUAUGGUGCCUGGCCUAGAUCUGGCGAGAUCGACAUCAUUGAAUCACGCGGAAACAACUGGACGUACAAACAGGGUGGAAACGACAUUGUUUCCUCAGCGCUACACUGGGGUCCCAACUCUGCCAACGAUGGCUGGUGGAAGACCAACAACAAGCGAAAGGCCCUUCACACCACCUAUAGCGCUGGUUUCAACAUGUUUGGCUUGGAGUGGUCUGAAAAAUAUCUCUUCACUUAUGUCAACACCCGACUCCUCCAAGUCACAUACACCAACUUCAAGAAGCCCAUGUAUAAACGAGGGGGUUUCCCCGAUGUGGAUCAGAAUGGCACAAGGCUCACUGAUCCAUGGACUAUCUCACCUAAUGUGAACGCGCCGUUCGAUCAGGAGUUUUACCUCAUCCUCAAUGUCGCCGUGGGCGGCACAAAUGGGUGGUUUGAGGAUGGAAAGUCUGACAAACCAUGGUACGAUGCCUCGCCAACGGCUAAAAAGGACUUUUGGGACGCAAGAGAGCAGUGGUAUCCAACUUGGACACAGCCACAGCUUGAAGUUAGCCGAGUACUCAUGAUGCAACAGUGCAAUGGUAAUGAGGAUCUAUGA